AUGAUAUUCCCGUGCCUUGUACUUAUUUUUGUCAUCCUUUCCCUACCAUUCACAAAUGCUGCACCUCCGCUAUUCGAAUCCGAGGAAUUCCAAUUAACAGCUCAAGAAAUCCAAAGCGCCGGCAACUUGUCUCAUUUGUUUUCAUUUGGAACUCUUCAAGUCACAAAAGCUGAACAAAGACCAUGCAAGGUCUAUCCAGGUGAUGAUGAAUGGCCUUCAUCGCAAGCAUGGCAAGCGCUCAACGACAUAACAAAUGGCCGUCUGCUCCAACCGAGGCCAAAGGCAGCUCCAUGCUACAGUGGUUCCGAAUACAACAGUACUAGAUGCAAUGAAAUUUCUGAAAAAUGGACAGAUCCGGCCACUCAUUAUGAUGAUCCACUUGAAAUGAUGGCUCCGAUAUAUCAAGGACUCACUUGCUUGCCGCCCACCAUUCUGGAUACCAAGACCUGUACCAUGGGGGCGUUUCCAGUCCAUGUUCUCAAUGCAACCAGGCCGGUACACGUUCAGGCUGCUGUCAAUUUUGCCCGGAAUACUGGCAUUCGACUAGUCAUUCGGAAUACAGGUCACGACUAUCUAGGUAAAUCCGGCGGUGCUGGAUCUCUAAGCAUUUGGACCCAUCAUAUGAAGGAUAUCAAGUAUAUUCCAGAGUACACAGCCCAAGAUGGAACCUACUCGGGACCUGCGUUCAAGGCGGGCGCUGGGGUUCAGGCUUUCGAGCUCUACCAGGCUGCACACGAGAAAGGACGUGUAGUUGUCGGCGGAGACUGUGCGACAAUCGGAAUCAUGGGUGGAUACAUUCAUGGUGGUGGCCAUAGUCCUCUCAGUUCCGUCUAUGGGACCGGCUCAGAUCAAGUCUUGGCCUUUGAAGUAGUCACAUCCGACGGCCGAUUCAUCACCGCCGACGCUGGACACAACCAAGAUCUCUUCUGGGCCCUUCGAGGCGGCGGAGGGAGUACUUUUGGAGUCACCAUAUCGGUCACUGUCAAGGCUCAUCCGGAUGUCUACACGACUGUAUCCAACUUCUCCUUUAGCUCUGAAAUCUUGGGCAUUGAACCUUUCUGGAGAGGUGUCAGGUCUUAUUUUGACUACUUUGUUGCAAAUGCCGAUGCUGAGACGUACUCGUACUUUCUCAUUCUCCCAGAUUACCCACGACAAGGCGUAACAACAUUCGAUUUGGUCGCUGUAGUUGCCCCAAACAAGACUACACGGGAAUUUUUGAAGCUUUUUAAUCCAUGGUUUACCAGAUUGAAGGACCUAGGUAUAAUGUUUGACCCCAAUGUCAAGCACUGGGACUCAUACUAUGACGCCUGGCUUCACACUUUUCCUGGUGAGUCGGUCGAACAAACUCACUCCGCCAUGGGCUCGAGGCUCUUUCCAAGAAACAACUUUGUCGACCCAGUACUGCUCAAUCAAACCUUUGAGGCCAUUAAAGAAUCAGUAGAACAAGGUCGCCAGGUUUACGCAUUCAACAUGAAGAAUACCUCUCCCGAUGAUACCGACAAUGCAGUCAAUCCUGCGUGGCGCGAAAACAUUCUCUUUGCAAUACAAUCGUUUAGCUGGCCAGAAAAUGCUACAGCGAGGGAAAUAAUGAAUGUACGCAGGCGGUUUACUCACGACCAUAUGCAAAAGUGGAGAGACAUUACACCAGGUGCUGGCAGUUAUCUUGCAGAGGCAGAUCGUCUCGAGCCCGACUUUCAACGGAGUUUUUACGGGUACAAAUAUCCGCGUCUCUUGCGCAUCAAGCAAAAGUAUGAUCCAAUGGAUGUAUUUUACGCUGCGACGGCGGUGGGCAGUGAGCGUUGGCGUGUCCGGGUGGACAGCGGUCUCCCAGGCGAAAAUGGACCAUUGUGUCGAGACGGAUCAUAUGCCACGCUUCGGCAACAAUUUCUUCUUUGA